UAAGCAAUACUUAGAUUUGUGUAUACCUUGCCAGCAAAAAAAAAAAAGUCAAAAAAAAGGUAUUGUUGUAAAACCAAUGGUGUUUGAAGAUUUUAACAGCCGUUGCCAAAUUGAUUUAAUUGAUUUUCAAUCUCAGUCUGACGCAGGGUAUAAAUUUGUUUUGGUUUAUCAGGACCAUCUGACCAAAUUUUGUAUUUUAAGACCUUUGAAAUGUAAAAGAGCUGAACAGAUUGCAUACGUUCUUUUGGAUAUUUUUUGUUUAUUUGGUGCUCCCUCAGUACUGCAAUCGGAUAACGGCCGAGAAUUUUGUAAUGAAAUUGUAAAUUCUUUAAAAGAGAUGUGGCCCGAAUUGACUAUUGUCCAUGGCAAACCACGACAUAGCCAAUCUCAGGGCAGCGUAGAGAGAGCAAACCAGGAUAUUGAAAAUAUGCUGACUACGUGGAUGCAAAGCAAUAAUACCAACAAAUGGAGUGAAGGCCUUCGGUUUGUACAAUUUAUGAAGAAUAAAGCUUUACAUUCCGGAAUUAAACGUAGUCCAUACGAAGCAAUGUUUGGUAGUGUACCAAAAACUGGACUAUCUUCAAGUCUUCUACCUAAAGUUAUCUUGCGUAAAAUGGAAUCUGAAGAAGAAGCUGAUGACGUUACUGACGUAGAUCGACCAACAGUUGGCACAGAAAAAGAUAUAGUUCAUUUAAAUAUUGCUACGGAGAGGAAAAAAGCUAAAGAAAAUUUGGAAAAACAGGCAAAAAGAAUGAAAGAUUUAUCAAAUACUAAAUUUGCGGUUGCUAAUAUUGGUUCUACAGUGCGUAUCAAAAUUCCCGAUGUUGAUAGAGGAAAGGGUGAUCCUCGUUCAAUUAUUGCAGUUGUUUUAAAAUUAACUGACGAUGGGUUUUAUCAACUGGGAUGCAAUGAUGGAGUGUUAAAACAACUAUACUCUCGAUCCCAGUUCACAGUAUGUUCAGAAAAUUUGUUAGCUGUAGAAGCUGUUCCAAAUGAAAGUAUUACAUUAAGAUCUGCGGCAACUGCGCAGUCACUGGGAACUGGUCAGGGUUUUUUUAAAUGCACUUGUACCAAAAAAUGUGACACAAAGCGAUGUGUUUGUAGAAAAAAAGAGGUGUUGUGCAACUCUAAAUGCCAUAAUAGCCUUACAUGUACAAAUAAAUAAAUAAUAUAACUAUAAUUAAUUCAUAAUUCAGUAAAAUAAAAUAUUAUAAUAUAUAUUUUAAA